AUGAACGGUAUGAUGUACAUGCGAGGCAGCCGGCACGACUUCGAUGGCCGGGCUAAGAUGGGCAAUCCGGGAUGGAGCUACCAGGAGGUGUUUCCGUACUUCCUCAAGUCCGAGGAUAACCACCAGGCGACCACCAUGGAAGCCGGUUACCACGGGGUCGGCGGCCCUCUGCCGGUGGGCCAGUUCCCAUACCACCCACCGCUGUCGCACGCCAUCCUGCAGGCCAGUCUGGAGCUCGGCUACCAGGCGCGUGACCUGACCGGUGCCCUGCACACGGGUUUCGCAAUCGCGCAGACCACGUCCAAGAACGGUUAA